CUCGUCCAUAAACAAACUGAGAAAGCUUCAGGCUCUUGUAUUUUUGUAAACGAGAAAGCAGAUGCGGGGGGUUGGCCCUUCACCGCCCCGGUGUUCAUCUACCUCGGACUGUUUUCUUCUCAGCCACCUUUACAAAGAAUGUGGAAGUGAUACCACAGCUGACUAUGAAAAACAAGAAGUGAAAGCAAAUACUUGUCGUAGAGAUUUUGCCAGGAUGAGGUCAGUUGUGAUCUUCUAUUUGUGUUUCCUGCUGAGCCUGUGUGUGGGCCUGGCCUGUGUGGUGUGUGUGUGCAUCUGGAACAAGCAGUGGCGUGGCGGCUUUGCCUGGGAUGGCUCAGCCCUGCAGUUUAACUGGCACCCUGUACUAAUGGUCACAGGAAUGGUGGUGCUCUAUGGCAAUGGGGUGGUGCUGUACCGUGUCCCCCUGACCUGGGGUCAGAAUAAACUUCCCUGGAAGCUGCUGCAUGCUGGAGUGUUGCUGCUGGCGCUGCUGCUCUCCGUCCUCGGGCUUUGUGCCGUGUUCAGCUUCCACAAUGCCAAAAACAUUCCCCACCUUUAUUCCUUGCACAGCUGGAUUGGAAUUUGCACUGCAGCUCUUUUUGCACUACAGUGGGCAGUGGGCAUGGCUGGCUUCCUCGUUCCCUGGACCCCCAUGUCAUUUCGCGCACAGCUGAAACCUGUACAUGUGUGGAUGGGAACCAGCAUCCUAUCCCUCAGCAUUGUUUCCUGCAUCUCUGGAAUCAACGAGAAGCUCUUUUUUGUACUUAAAGAAAAUACCAGUGAAACUCAGCCAUAUUCUGCAAGCCCACCUGAGGCCGUGUUUGGAAAUACACUAGGUGCUUUGAUUGUAGCCUUUGGAUUGGUUGUCGUAAAAAUUCUGUCCAAUCAGAAAUGGCAGAGACCGGAACCUACCCCCGAGGAUAUGGCUUACAGGCCGGUGCUUCAAGAGGACAGUUAAUAAAGGCAAUCAAGAAAUUUCAAAACUGCUCACGGCUUCAAAACCUUACAAAAUGUUAAUUUAUGGUUAGCAUCACAAGUGCCCUAAAUGUCAAGUUUUGCCUGUAUAUGUAACAGUACACAGUGCUGUUUAACCUAUAUAUGUAAAUAUUUAUUUGAAAUGAUAUUUAACAUUUCUGUCAGUAAUAGUGGUGUAUUAUCCAUGUUUCAUUAAAUAAAAGGCCAUAUUUCACUUGAGC